AUGAAUCUAUCUAUCUAUCUAUCUAUCUAUCUAUCUAUCUAUCUAUCUAUUUCAGGCUGUUCAUAUCUCUCUCUCUCUCUUUCUUUCUUUCUUUCUUUCUAUCUAUCUAUCUAUCUAUCUAUCUAUCUAUCUAUCUAUCUAUCUAUCUAUUUCAGGCUGUUCAUAUCUAUCUCUUUCUUUCUUUCUUUCUAUCUAUUUCAGGCUGUUCAUAUCUAUCUAUCUCUUUCUUUCUUUCUUUCUAUCUAUUUCAGGCUGUUCAUAUCUAUCUAUCUCUUUCUUUCUUUCUUUCUUUCUAUCUUUCUAUCUAUCUAUCUAUCUAUCUAUCUAUCUAUUUCAGGCUGUUCAUAUCUAUCUCUUUCUUUCUAUCUAUCUAUUUCAGGAUGUUCAUAUCUGUCUCUUUCUUUCUAUCUAUCUAUCUAUCUAUCUAUCUAUCUAUCUAUCUAUCUAUCUAUCUAUCUAUUUCAGGCUGUUCAUAUCUCUUUCUUUCUUUCUUUCUUUCUAUCUAUCUAUCUAUCUAUCUAUCUAUCUAUCUAUCUAUCUAUCUAUUUCAGACUGUUCAUAUCUAUCUCAGAAUCUAUCUAUCUAUCUAUCUAUCUAUCUAUCUAUUACAUUGUUUCUCCUUUUUAUAUUGUUCCCAUGGUAAUGUCUCUAUGUGCUGCUUGGCUGUCUUCUCUUCCUUUCUCCAUUCCAGUUGCAAACCAUGGCUUAGCGGGUGGCAUUGGAUGA